AUGGAUCACGCUGCAGCCUCCAGAGCUGCCAGGCAGCAGUCGCAGUCCCCUUGGCAAUUCCCUUCUUGUCACAGAGCACGUCUCAGUUUCCCCUGUGGAGCUGCUAACCUCUUUAAGGAGCAACGUGACCCAUGUGGGGCUGAUGACGUGUGGUUAGUAAGGAACCAUUUUGCCGCGUUCUGAGGAGCUUUGGCGUAAGCAAGCAGAUGAGAUGGGAGGAGAAAAAUGAGCUUUGUGAUGCAGGAGCAAAGCAGGUAUGUUCAUGACUGGUACAGCAAAGGGAUGGCAACGGCAGUGUCUGCUGAAAGCUAUCCUGUAGUGCCGUUCCUGUGGCUGGGAGGCAAGGAGUGUUGCUUAGUGUGACAUUUAGCUGGCACUUCUAGUGCAUUGGGAGUAUUAGUCACAUUCUGGCUUCAGCAGUGGGAGGUGAUGAUAAAAGUUGCCUUCCUCAGAAAAGUCUCUCCCUGCUGUAGCAAACCAUUUGGGAUGCUGGAAGGAUAUUCUGUUUACUCUCCAUACCUGAUCUUUUGUACAAAAGGCACCUUGAAUAGGCUUGGCUCAGCUUGAAGCCUGUAUGCCAGUCUCUGCUGGGGAAGGAGGAGCUGCCUUGUUGGCAGUGGCCUGCGUUUAUGCAGAGCUAGUCACUGAGUAACCACAGCCUCUGCUGCGAAUGACGUGGCUUAAGAGUGAUGCACUUUCCAUGGGAUAAAAAUCCUCAUUAUGGUUUCCUUUGUGGAAAUAUUUGUGUCUUCUCUGCCAGCCCAGAGUCAGGGCUGCAUGGAGCCUGAACUAGUGCCUCUUUCUACAGGAUGAACCGCACCAUGCUGUACUUCUGUAGCCCCACAUUUCUCCUCGUGCCUGCUGGGGGAUGUUGGUUUUGGGGCGAGCAGCAAGCAUCAUGUCUGUAAAACAUUGGGAUUCACAUGCCCUCCUGGGCCAGUGCUUUGUGCUGCUUGGUACACGUGGUAUGGGGGGAAGUGAGAACAGAGGGGAAAACCUCUUGCUUUGCGCUAUGAGAGUCUGCUAGUGUCCACAGGAGCACGCGCACACGUUGCAAAGGACUCUGUGAGCACGUGUCCUUAGAGAUGCAAAGAAAUGCAACCUACUUCCUCUGCCCUUCCUCUCCCAGCUUGGCAUGCCGGCAAGCAGACACUGAGCUCCGAGGAAGGCUCCUCUCUGGUGAUGGCAGAGGAAGAAGCUAAACUGGAAAAGGAGUGACUGAAGAAGUAGUUGAGGAACUGUCUGAAGGAGCAAAUCCGUUUCUUAACAAGAUCAAGUUGGAAUUAAAUGGCUGAUAAACAGAUCAGUUUACCUGCCAAGCUGAUCAAUGGAGGGAUAGCUGGGCUGAUUGGGGUCACCUGUGUAUUUCCCAUUGACUUGGCAAAAACUCGCCUGCAGAACCAGCAGAAUGGCCAGCGGAUGUACACCAGCAUGUCUGACUGCCUCAUUAAAACUAUUCGUUCGGAAGGCUACUUUGGCAUGUACAGAGGUGCUGCAGUGAACCUGACUCUAGUGACACCAGAAAAGGCUAUCAAACUGGCAGCCAAUGACUUCUUCCGGCAUCACCUCUCCAAAGAUGGGAAGAAGCUGACGCUGCUGAGGGAGAUGCUGGCAGGCUGCGGUGCGGGUACCUGCCAGGUGAUUGUCACCACUCCCAUGGAGAUGCUCAAAAUCCAACUGCAGGAUGCAGGGCGGAUUGCGGCACAGAAGAAGCUGAUGGCAGCACAGGCCCAGCUCUCCUCUUCCUCUGCGGCCGGGGCAGCAGAGCCGGUGGUGGAAGCACGCACCACAGCGACGCAGAUAACCAGGGAGCUGCUGCGCAGCAAAGGCAUCGCAGGACUCUACAAGGGCCUGGGGGCCACGCUGCUAAGGGAUGUCCCGUUCUCCAUCGUUUACUUCCCGCUGUUUGCAAACCUGAACAAGCUGGGCCAGAAAGACCCCAAUGUCAAGGCCCCGUUCUAUGUGUCCUUUCUCUCUGGAUGCGUGGCCGGUAGUACAGCUGCAGUGGCUGUCAAUCCUUGUGAUGUGAUCAAAACACGGCUGCAGUCUUUGCAGAGAGGAGUCAACGAAGACACAUACUCAGGAAUCCUGGACUGCACCAAGAAGAUCUGGCAGAAGGAAGGACCCAUGGCCUUCCUGAAAGGGGCGUACUGCCGAGCCCUGGUCAUCGCUCCUCUCUUCGGCAUCGCACAAGUCGUCUACUUCAUUGGCAUUGCCGAGUUCCUCCUGGACAUACUCCCCAAGCACCGGGCCUAGCCCUGGCACCCCUGCCUGUGCCCGCCCGUCCUCUGCCACGCCGGAUUCAUCCCUGUGUUUGUCGUCCAUGUCGAGUGGUGUGAGAGCAACAGCACAGAGGGUUCGCUUGGGAACAUGGGGGACAUGGUCUCCAGAUGAGCAAACAUAGGGAGGGAGAGUCUCUUUUCUAUCUUGAUCUGCAGCCUGUUCCCUCCCCCUCCUUCCACGGACAGUACCCAAUUAUGCAUAUCUCUUUUUUUUUUUUUCCCCCUUUUUUUUUUCUUCUUUUUUAAAUCGUAAUUCUUAAGGACACUGGUAAGCACAGACUGGGCUUGCGCACCCAGAAUUCUCUUCCCAGCAUUUAGAAGGAAGAGGGAAGAGGAAAAAGAUAACCUGAGCCCUCAUUCACCUCCGCCCUUCCUAGGGCUCCUGGCUGCCUGCAGAGAGGCUGCAGGGGCAGCUGUGUCCCUCAGCCAACUCUCCGGGUGCUGGGUCCCAGGAGGAGAGCAGGUGUCCUGCAAAAGGAUGCACAGGGGACGCUGGGUCUGGCAAGUUCCUUGGCUUGGAAACCUUUGCCUCUUUCCCUUGCUCAAAAAUGAGUUGGACUAGGAUGAAUUUCUUAGAGAUCAAAGGAAGGGAAAGGGGAUCAUUACUUUUUUUUUUUUUUUUUUUUUGUAAUUUUUGUUUUAAAGCAAAGGGAUUUCCCUCUUGGUGAGGUGCAGAGGCAAGGUGGCUGCUCUGUAGGGAACAUGUCUGUGGGAUCAUGUGAAUGUCAGAGGUCCUUCCCUGCUUGGCUGCAGGCAGGGGAAGGAGAGAAACUUGGGAUCAACUUUAUUUUAUUUUAUUUUUUAAUGCAGGGAUUGUGGGGAGGGAAAAGAACCAAACAAAAAGAAACCACUUACAUUCCUUCAGCCUGCCCGCCCCGAGGUGAUGCCUGUAGCAGGUGUACGGUUAGCUGUGUACACAGUUGGUUCUGUGUUUCCUGGCUUGGCCCCAGGACAUGAAAGGAGGAGCCUGGUCUGUUUCCAUAGGGUCCAAGGUACAGCAGCUGUGCUAUGAAGCCUGUGUGUUUGCUCUUACCUUGCAAGGUGAAAGCACAAGGUCUGGUUUUGUGGUGUUGUUUGACUGGGUGUGCCUGCAGCCAGCUGCUGUCAAGGAGGUUCCAUGCCCUGAGCAAGGAGCUGUUGUGCAGGUGGGACUGCAGGGUUGCAAUCCCAGAAACUCAUCAUCCCUCUCACCCUUGGGGAAGUGUUCGUUGUUGGGUGGUGGGGGCAUUUCCCUGCUCCACAACCCACUCUGCCAAAGGGAUUCUGCCCAACUGCAAUCACUUGUCAGAGGGCUUCUCAUUAAGUACUCUCUUGGGCUGUGCUGUUAAUCCUUGGUAAAUCAUGUUAAGUACAAGAUCAACAACCUCACCGUGAUCUUCUCCAUUAUUUAUUCCAUGUGGUGCAAUCCACCCAACCUCAAUGUUUAAAUUAAACGAGUCAAAUUCACCUUCCAUUCCUUCUUUUCGUUUGUUUCUCCAGGCGCUUGCUUGGUGUUUGUGUUUCAGUUGUGUAUUUAAGUUAAUUUAAAAAAAAAUAAUAAUCCAUGUUUUUAAUGUUUGAAAAAAAAACCACCUCUGUUUCAGCAUUCUUGGGUUAGGGUAUUUCUCAAAACCCAAAUGUUGAGUGCUUUUUUCCUCGAUGCGUCCUUUUUCUCUUAGAAGAAGUCGCUCUGUAGCUGAUAUGUUCCUUGUCACUUUGCUGUGUGAAUCACUUUCCUUUUUUUUUAAUGAUUUUUUCCUUGUAUCUGGGAAGGAAUCUGUGCAAAGAUGGUCUCUGAGUCUGGUAGAUGUCUGUGAUGUGUGUAGUGCUGUGAUGCUGCUCUUGCUCUGGAUUUCUCUUGGGUGGAUUAAAAGAGAAAGAUUUGUGGUUUUUCUAA